CUCGUUGCUCCCCACCCAACCACUUCUCUGGUCGCCUACGUCUUCUUUGGUAUUUCAAGAGUAGACAGUCUUCGAGAGACCUUCUCACACUCCUUGAGGAGCCCGAGGCUCCUUUCAUACCGGCUUCCACCCAUCUUGAUACUCUUAUCCAGCGGCCGGCAAAAUGUUUGGCGAUAUGGGGAACAGGAUUCUCCGCAAAUGCCGAAGCGAGCGCAGACUUCGGGAGAAGGCCACCACCGAGCCUGCUCCUCAGCAUGUCCGAAAGGACAGCACCUUCAGCACGGCGUCGUCCGACUCGUCGGACCACACCAACCACCUCAGGCAACCCCGGCCGUCGACCGAUGGGGAUAACGGUCACCACCCGAGGAUGUCCGAGGACGACUGGGACCCCCUGCGGCUCCACCCACCCAUGAACGAUGCCAGGUCCCCCUACAUCACGGGUCGCCAGAGCGGCCGUCAGCAACCGGCCCCACGGACACCGGUUGUGGACAGCCACCACGGAUAUGGCAACGACGCCGACAUUGACGACAUUAUCGGUUCGUACGGCCUGACGGCCCUACGACCGCCACCACCCCUGGCCAACCGACGGCCACUUCUCCCGAGAAUGAAGACUGCCGAGAUGGACAUACACGAAGGAUUCGAUUUUGGUUUCAUUGGCGGCAGCCCAACCUCGCCAACGUCUGCCGAGAGGCUUCCUCAUCACCAUCACCAACCACAGCACCACCGCUAUCAAAACAACCUUCACUCGGCCACCUCCCCGGUCUCCAUCGCCGCUCGCCACCGUCGCCCGUCGACUGCAUCGUCGACGACCUCGGAUUGCUCGAGCAUCUUCCUUCCUUCUCACGCCUCGGCCGGCCUGCCGACCGCGCCGCUGCCGACGCCCCCGACAUUCAGCCAGGGCAGGCCCAGGCCACUCGGGAGUCCGGAGUCACCCAGCUACAUACUCAAGCGGGGAGACUGGAAGCGGAGAGGGAUCGUCUUCAUCUCCGAAGAGGCCAAGGUCACCGAGGAUGACUGCUUCGAGAUCCCCUAAACCACACACGUCCCACGAGCGCCGCAUCGGCUCGUUUCACUCUGUACUCGUCUUGUCCUUUGCUCUUAUCACGCCAAGUUGACAACUGCACAUUCGUUAUAUACCCCACAGACCAUUACUUUAUACUACAAGGAACAAUACCCCUCGUUUAUUUCCCUUCAUGUCUUCCUAUCACUUUCACAUACGUUUUUAUUAACUUGUCUUUACUACUGCGAGGCGUUGGAUUUAUCAGGAUAAGGAUAACACCAUUGGUCGGUCUUUUUUUUCUUUUCGACAUUACAACCGCAAGGCGUUCUGGAGCCAUUUCCUUUCCCCCUGAUUCCUGAAAAGCCCCUGGCGGCACUGAGUUAUACGGUAUUUUAUCCCUUAACAGUUUACACUUGCGCGCUGUCCUAUUUGCUAGAAGUUGGUUGAAUAUGUCUACUGCUUUCCAACCCCACUUUCAUUCUGGCCCUUCCAUGUUGGCUGUUGUGCAGGCCGCACCAGCGCUCGAGGCCUAGGACAUAAGCCACAAGACGGAAGGCUAGGUCCCAACCCCAACCCUCCCACCGAGUGCCUUCUUGCCGCUGGCAUCUUUCACAGCAGCGGCGGCGUUCCGCAUGUUUUCUCCAUCAGAUAGUUAACUACCUAGACGAUAUCGUGGAGUAGGGUCAAUGUAUCAAUGAAGUCGUGUAUUGAGAAUUUGGAUACUGUGUCGAGAAGAUUCUGGAACAUUUAUCUGCGUGUUUAUGAUUUGGGACUGAUGAAACAACAGAGGAGGGAUCGGUUGGGAGAUUUGUGGCCAUAUAGAAGCGGCGUCGAUAGAUCCAACCAGCACAAAACUAUUGACACCAGCAUUGUUCAUUUUCACAAAGCC